GUUCAGAGAAUCAGAAACUGAACUCUCAUCGAUCUGUGGAGUGUUUGGUGUUUCUAUCUGUGUGUGUUCAUACGGUGAAAUGGCAGAAGCGAGUAUUUCAGAGGAUCACUUCAUGUGUUCAGUGUGUCUGGAUCUACUGAAGGAUCCAGUGACUGUUCCCUGUGGACACACUUACUGUAUGAGAUGUAUCACAGACUGCUGGAAUCAAGAAGAUCAGACGAGAAUCUACAGCUGCCCUCAGUGCAGACAAACCUUCAGUCCAAGACCUGUUUUAGGAAAGAAUGUGAUGUUUGCUGAGAUGAUGGAGAAACUGAAGAAGACUAAAGUCAAAUGUGCUGUUUCUGAUCAGUGUUCCUCUGGAGCUGGAGAUGUGGAGUGUGACGUCUGUACUGGAAGAAAACACAAAGCCAUCAAAUCCUGUCUGCUGUGUCUCAACUCUUACUGUCAAACUCAUGUUGAGCAACACGAGAAUCUCUUCAGAGGUCAAAGACACAACCUGAUAGACGCCACUGCACCACUUCAUGACAUGAUCUGCCCUCAACAUGACAAGAUUCUGGAGAUUUACUGUCGCACGGAUCAGAAGCUUAUAUGUAUUCUGUGUAUAGAUGAACACAGAAAUCACGACAUUGUAUCAGCAGCUGCAGCAUGGACGGAGAAACAGUUUGGAGAAACAAAGAAUAAAGUUCAGCAGCAGAUCCAGAAGAAACAGAAAGACCUUCAGAAGAUCAAAGAUGCUGUGGAGUCUCACAAGCGGUGUGCACAGACAGCAGUGGAGGACUGUGAGAUGAUGUUUACUGAACUGAUCUCAUCAAUUGAGAGAAGACGCUCUGAGGUGACACAGCUGAUCAGAGAUCAGGAGACGGCUGCAGUGAGUCCAGCUGAAGGACUCUUGGAGCGACUGAAGCAGGAGAUUGAUGAUCUGAGGAGGAGAGACGCUGAGCUGGAGAAGCUUUUACACACACAACAUCACAUCCAUUUGCUGCAGAGUUUUCAGUCUCUCUCUGCACCUCCUGAAUCUCCAGACGACAUCAGUGGGACUUUCCUCUUUUCUUUUGAUGCUGUGAGAGAAUCUGUCCGUCAGCUGAGAGACAAACUGCAGGAUUUCUGCACACAGCACAUGAGAAAGAUCUCCGAUACACACACCAACACUGUCCCCAGGAUCAGAGACGACUUCCUUCAAUAUUCUCUUCAGUUGACUCUGGAUCUAAACACAGUGAAUAAACACCUCCAUCUGUCUGAGAACAACAGAGAGAUUACAAACACUAAAACACAGCGUCAGUAUCCUGAUCAUCCAGACAGAUUUGAUGAUGUGUAUCAGGUGUUGUGUAGAGAGAGUGUGGUGUGUGGACGCUCUUACUGGGAGAUUGAGUGGAGUGGUGUUUGUGUGUUUAUAUCAGUGUCAUAUAAGAGCAUCAUGAGGAAGGGACGGGGUCAUGAGUGUGUGUUUGGAUGUAAUGAUCAUUCCUGGAGUUUGAUCUGUCGUGACUCCAGUUACUCAUUCAGACACAAUAACAUAGAGACUGAUUUCUCUGUAAAGAUCAGAUCUAAUAGAAUAGGAGUGUAUGUGGAUGAGAGAGCAGGAAUUCUGUCCUUCUACAGCGUCUCUGACACAAUGACCCUCAUCCACAGCAUCAGCACCACAUUCACUAAACCUCUCUAUCCUGGAUUUGGUGUUUAUUUGAGUAAACUGAAACUGUGUAACCUAACAAUGUAAUGUGUUAGAAUAUUAACUUUCUAUAUGUAGUGGGAUGGCCUUUUUUUUAAGAGUAGUCUGCGUGGCCCCUUUAAAAAUAGCGGGACAUUAAGUGGGUGGGUACGUCAGGUAAUUACGUACCUAUAUAGAUUCAGGUGAGUUAAGUGCGUCAUGACAUUGCAUCGAUGUGACCUGUUUGUGUUGCUGUUGAAUCUCCUUCACUCCUCGAGAAAGGUAGGCUCUGUUAAACUGGUGGAUCAUAGACGGGAGGGAAAUAUAAAUCUAGAAUAUGGGUGUUCGUAGGAAUUUAACUUAAUUCACAAGUUUGAUUAAUGUGCUUGCUUGAUGUAAUUUUAGAUUAGUCGGGUGCGUCCAGACAUUGCUAGUGAGCAUGUGUGAGUGAGUGUCUUGCACGUGAAAGGUAAUAUUAUGUUUCCCUUACCCGGUUUGUGUGACUAUAAAUCUGAGAGGAGUGGGGAGGGAGCAAACGAAAAUGUUAUUUGUUUUUCAGAAGUUGCUAGCUGCUGUUUUGCUGUGGUUAAAAUAUCGUUUCCUGUUUGGGACGCGGGAUUCUCUUGUUGCAUUGAACGCUCGUGAUUGCAUGGAUAUGGCGCUCCUUUUGUAUGAGGUGUGAUUUGUGCAUCUGCAUUGCAAACAAAGCAAUCAGUCGUGUCGAUCGUCGCGCACUUUGCCGUGUCAAAAAGUCGUGACCAAUGACGUUUGAUAAG